UCAAAGAUUUGCUCUAGGAAAGAAACCUAUUCUGGCCAGAAGUACUGCGUAAAACGCGCACAGGACGCACCGACGGGCACAGAAGUGGCUGCCUGUACUUGAUUUUCUUUUUUUCGCUUGAGCUGAGAAUAACAGCGUGGAUCUCUUCACUAGGCAUUGCAGAGGGAGUAUGACAGCGGGCUCGGGCCUCUGAAGGAGACAUCGCUGAAGUUUCGCUCGGUGUCUGUUAAGGUGACCACAGUCAGAUUAUGCAGCAUCCAUUGGACAUAGGGCUGCAUUACUAUCCCCUGGAAGGCCACCCUGACCACAGAACUCAUCGCUACAGGAGUUUCAUGAUAGAGGAGAUCCUGACUGAACAUCCAGCGCACAAAGCGUCGGCUCCGGCCGGGGAGCUGCUUAAAUUCGGGGUACAGGCUCUGCUCUCCGCCCGACCUUUCCACAACCAACUAGUGCUGAAGGCCGACCAGAGCCUCCUGAAGUUUCCCCUGUCCCCGCUGUCCUGCCCGCUCGGCUCCCCGCUGCUGUCGGCGGUCUCGGGCCUGCAGCUCGGCUCCGGGUCUCACCACCUGCCGCUGGACCUGCACCUCCGCGGGAAGCUGGAGCACGGAGCCGACGGAGGCAGCAAGAGCAAGAAGGGCCGCCGCAGCCGCACCGUGUUCACCGAGCUGCAGCUCAUGGGCCUGGAGAAACGCUUCGAGAAGCAGAAGUAUCUGUCCACGCCUGAUCGAAUAGAUCUGGCAGAGUCUUUGGGCCUCAGUCAGCUACAAGUGAAAACAUGGUACCAGAACAGGAGGAUGAAAUGGAAAAAAAUUGUUUUGCAGGGCGGAGGUCUGGAGUCGCCCACUAAACCCAAAGGGCGUCCAAAAAAGAACUCCAUCCCCAGCAGCGAGCAGCUCUCUGAGCAGGAGCGCUGUGGGGCCCCGGGGGGCUCAGAGGACCCUCAGGAGGAAUGACUCUCAGAGUGGGACGCUCUUUAGGAUGGACACACUCAGAUCCUGCGUGGAGAAGACGCACUCUGUGGGGCUGGAGCAGGGCGAUGUGCCGCGGGCCCUGCAGGGGCCUUGUCCCCUCGGGCCUAGGCCCACCAUGGGGACCCUCAUGGUGAACUGCUGCUGCUGAUGAGGGAGCGCAAAGCUUUGCAGUAGGUCUCCUCUUUACAUUCUGAAGAUCACUCGCACUCCUCUGUUUGCAUUUCCUUUGUGUAACUAUGCUAUGUUUAAUUAUGAAAUACAUUCUGACUGAUAUGUGCUCUGUUUAUAAUAAAGGACUAAGGCUCAUAAAAAGCUUUGAAUGCAGAGCGUACAGUACAAGUGCAUUUGAUGAUGAUGAUGAUGAUACA